AAAGUGCCCACCGAAAGUCAAAAGUGAUUCCUAUAUUCGUUCCAAUGAACUGAAUUUGCUGCCUUUGGGGGGAGCUGUCAAACGUCAAACUGACCCCGGGGUCGCGCCACCAUGAAGUUUGCGGAGCAUCUGUCCGCCCACAUUACGCCGGAAUGGCGCAAGCAGUACAUCAACUACGAGGAAAUGAAGGCGAUGCUGUACACGGCCGUCGAGGAGGCCCCCGCGAUGGAGAGCGUCGAGGAGGACGUCAUCAAGCGGCACUUUGCCAACUUUGACGAGAACUUUUACCACUACUGCGACGAGGAGCUCAAGAAGAUCAACACGUUCUACUCGGAGAAGCUGGCGGAGGCGACCCGCAAGUACGCGGCCCUGUCCGCCCAGCUGCGCAGCAUGGUCGAGAACCAGCAGAAGGCGAAAACGAAGUCGCACACGCUGAAGCGGAUCAACCUGCCGUACCGGAAGGCGCAGGAGCUGAAGCUGGCGUUCAGCGAGUUCUACCUGAGCUUGAUCCUGCUGCAGAACUACCAGAACCUGAACCACACGGGCUUCCGGAAGAUCCUGAAGAAGCACGACAAGCUGCUGCGGUCGGACAAUGGCGGCCGGUGGCAGAAGGAACAGGUCGAGACGAGUCACUUCUUCACGAACAAGGACAUUGACAAGCUGAUCAACGACACGGAAACGACGGUGACGGGGACGCUGGAGGGCGGGGAUCGGCAGAAGGCCAUGAAGCGGUUGCGGGUUCCGCCGCUAGGCGAGCAGCAGAGUCCGUGGACGACGUUUAAAGUUGGGCUGUUCAGCGGGAGCUUUGUGGUGCUGUUUAUUGCGGUGAUCUUGUCGGCGAUCUUCCACGAGAGUACGGGUGAGAAUUUGAAGAUCGCCUUCCGGUUGUACCGCGGGCCGCUGCUGUUGAUCGAGUUUGUGUUUCUGAUGGGCGUCAACAUCUACGGGUGGCGAUCGUCCGGUGUGAACCACGUGCUGAUCUUCGAGCUCGAUCCGCGAAACCACCUGUCCGAGCAGCACCUGAUGGAGAUGGCGGCGAUUUUUGGGGUUGUGUGGACGUUGAGCUUGCUGAGCUUCUUGUACAGUGCCAGCUUGAGCAUACCGCCGUACGUGAACCCACUGGCGCUCACGAUCGUCAUGAUCGUCUUCCUGAUGAACCCGUUCAAGGUGUUCCGAUACGAGGCCCGCUUCUGGCUGCUCAAAACCAUCGGCCGCAUGGUGGCAGCACCGUUCUUCCACGUGGGGUUCGCCGAUUUCUGGCUGGCGGAUCAGCUCAACAGCCUGGUGACGGCCCUGCUCGACUUCCAGUUCCUGACCUGCUUCUACGUGACGAACGGGAACUGGCUCGAAGCUGGCAACACCCGCCAAUGCAUGGAGGAGAGCUACAUCAUCCGGCCCAUCGUGAACUGCCUGCCGGCGUGGUUCCGCUUCGCGCAGUGUCUCCGCCGGUACCGGGACUCGAAAGAGGCCUUCCCCCAUCUGGUCAACGCCGGCAAGUACUCGACCACGUUCUGUGUGGUGAUUUUUGCAACGCUCCGCAGCUUCCACGCGUCGAAGUACGACGAUGCCUUUGAUAAUCCGUACCUGUGGCUGUGGCUGCUGAGUUCCGUCGUGUCGGCGUGCUACGCGUACACCUGGGACAUCAAGAUGGAUUGGGGCUUGUUCGAUAAGAAUGCCGGCGAGAACACGUUCCUGCGGGAGGAGAUUGUCUACUCGACGCCGUUCUUCUACUACUUCGCCAUCGUCGAGGACCUGGUGCUGCGGUUCGUGUGGGCCCUGUCCUUCGCGCUCACCGAGUACCGGAUCGUGUCCGGCGACCUGAUGACCUCGGUGCUCGCCCCGCUCGAGGUGUUCCGCCGCUUCGUGUGGAACUUUUUCCGCCUGGAGAACGAACAUCUCAACAACUGUGGUAAGUUCCGUGCCGUGCGGGACAUCUCGAUCGCCCCGAUCGACUCCAACGACCAGAUCAUCAUCCUGAAGAUGAUGGACGACGAGGACGGCGUGAUCAACAGGGACACCAAACACGGUCGCGCCAAGAACCGAAAGAUCAAGGAGGACAAAAAGCCGCUGCUAACGACCUUCAAAGGGUCCCUGCAGGACCUAACGGUGGACAUUAGCAGUUCGAAAAAGCUCUGAGAGAGAAAAAAAUCGCGCUCAAUAGUUCAAUAGACUAGCCAAUUUUUUUUUGCGAGUGAGAUUGUGUACUUACAAGCGGUGUUCUUGCAAGGUGAUUGCCAAAAAACACAAUUUACAAUAUGUAAGGUGCGCCCACAUUCCGCCUUCCGUGCCUAGAAACAUCGCCGUGGAGUUGUUGAGAAUUUCAUCUAUUGUGCGGUCUUACCGUUAGCGUUAAGAAAAAAAAGUGAAGAUUGCCUUACUAGGAAAUGUUUGUACUUUAAAAACAAAAAAAAACUUUUUAUUCUUUACCUUUAAGGAGCGAUGCAACGAUUGCAAUAAAAAAAACCUAGUUUGUUAAGGUUCUGAGCAGCAGUGGCAAGAGUGUAGUUAAAGGCAGUAUUACUUAUCGCGAUUUUUGAGUUAUUUUUUUUUAAUUUGUGUUUUUUUUUCAUCUCCCUUCAACGUAACAAAUUAUGUUUUAGCAUGUAGUGUCGUAUUUAACUUAGACAGUUUUAGACCAAAUCCAGCUUGAGAGCGAUUCGGAAGUGUUAGAAUGUUCGGUUAAACAAAGAUUUCAGCAUAUUUUCGUAUACCAUUUCUAGAAGAAAGACGAUAAAAAACAGUGUUACCUAUUUUGUUAGAGCUGGCAUGUUGCGCGCAGAUCAGAUAAGCGAGAGGAACAGAUUUGUGAUUUCAUUCCAAUAAAGAUAUAGCAAAAUACUAUAUUUUGUCGAGUAA